GAAUUGCUAACCCCGGAAUAAAAUUGUGAGCUGUGUCCUAUAUGUAACCCUUGCAUACAAUAUAUUAAGAACUAGUGGGCUUGUAACGUACGUAUAUAUGAAGAGCCUCCAUAUCCUUGGUCUCCGGAUUAGCAAAGGCGAGAAACUAGUCAUGGGUGCAGACCUCAACCAAAUGUUUGAUGGGUUUCCAUCUCGUGACGAGGAUGAUGUGGAGCUACGCCAAUCUUCCUCCAGCGAUUCCGACGAGGAGUCACCUCUAUCGGAUUUCAGAGAGGAGGAAGCUACUUCUCCAGGCUCUCCCCCUCCUCUGGCCAAGACGACCUGCUUGCCACCAAAAUUCGAUGCAAAGGGGCCUCUCGACGAAUUAUCCUCCCUUAUGGCUCAACUCCCUUUCAAGAGAGGGUUAUCCAAGUACUAUCAAGGGAAGUCCCAGUCCUACUCAUCCCUGUCCGAUGUGAGAUGCCUCGCGGAUCUGCCUAAGAAAGAGACACCCUACAGAAGGAAAAUGAAGUCAUGCAAGAGCUAUGCAGGAGGGCUGGAUGGAAGCCCAGAAUCUAAUCUUGAUCCGGGAACUUCCAGCAAGACCAUUUCAAAGAAGGCAUCCGGAGGUUCCUGUGCUUCUUCAAUUGCAAGAAGUAGGAGCAAACCACCACCGAUUUCUGUACCGAAGAAUUUAUGCCUUCACUAGAUUAAUUACAUGAUGAUGAAAAAAGCUUGAAGAGUUUCAUCCCUGGAAUAUCAUUAGAUUGUACAGAGAUAUAUAAUGAAUGGAGCAUGUACUGAGUUUCUUUGAUCUGCGAUCA